AUGGGCAGCGACUGUCUUCCUUUUUUUCGUACUCGGCAGUCCCAGGCAGUCCAGUUUCCUCUACUUCCCACUUCUUCCCAACACCCAACUCAUGCAGUGCUGCUAUCUGCAGUACGCAACAUUCGACAUGGAGGGCUGAGGAAGAAAGAAGCUCGUUCCAACUCUUGGGGAGGGGGCGAAGCGAGUGUGACGGCACUUCGAUAGCGACACCCUUCCUUCAGCGAACGAUGGGCCGUGGGGCCCUGGAAACGAUCUCCUCUCGACGCGAGGCGCGCACUGCCCCUCCGCAGCCAGCCUCCUGGUGACCUCUCUCAAGACGUCGGCGGCGCCAGGCCGCGCUGCCUCCUUCCGCCACCCACCUGUCUUCCAUUUGUCUUCCACGUGUCUUCCACGUGUUCCAGCCCGCUGCUUGUCGUGGACGCAGCAUCCCGGUUGUCCCACGCCACUUUAGUGUUAGCGUCUCACAAAAACGGUUCUGAAGAGAAGUUUAAAUGUUUGUCUACGUUUGAGAGUACUGCGUUUGGAAGGCAUAUUUUGGGAGAUUUUAUUCAUGGGGAGGAUUUAUGUGAGAUUUUAUUAACUUCACCAUUGUAUUAUUGUACACUGUUCCUUAACGGAUGUCAGAUCGAAACGAAAGGAAAUGAUAAUUACAAACAUACUGUUCUUGAUAUGAACCCCAAUGAAAACGAGAGUUUGAAAAAGUUUAAUCAGAGGUGCAAGUCUCCUAUUACAUAGGUUUCUCAUAAACAGCUAGGGGAAUCCAUUAGAUUCGCCUUUCU